AUGAAUAUUUGCAUGAUGAGUGAGAAUACAAAUGGUCAAUGCGCACAGAUAUGCCUACUUUUCUAUACCGUUUUUUUUUGGCUUACUGGAUUGGCACUGAUAUUUUUGUCGCUGUGGACAUUGCUUGAUCCACGUCGUAAUUAUCUCCUUGACUUGGUCGAUUUCUCGGAGGAUGAUCCAUUACUUCGUGGAGCCUGUCAUCUGGCUCUUAUUACUGGUUCUGUUGUAAUGAUAGUUGGCUUUAUUGGUUGCUGUGGUACGAUAAAAAAAUCGUUGUGUUUGCUCAUUACCUUCGUGAUUUGUUUAUUGAUCUUAUUUUUUGCUGAUAUAACAAUCGCUUGCCUGGCACUGUUCUACCGCAACAAGUUUGUUGGCAAUAGACUUAGUGUGUAUUUAACAAAUUUAACACACGAUCGGUAUUAUCGUCUUUAUUGGGUCACGCCACUCAUCGACAUCAUCCAGUAUUAUUUCUUAACAAGUGAUUUUGACCAGAAAUUGCAACUGAUGAUAAGAGAAAGUUAUGGAUUUAAUCCAGCUAUCGAAUAUAAUACCAAAGUAACAGCGCUCAUUGAUAAACUGCAGUUUAAUGAACAGUGUUGUGGUUCUUUGGAUUACAGGGAGUGGAGCAGUAGUCGGUGGCGUGCAUCCUACUGGACAGGUAUUGAAUUAAUUCAACAUAACCCAGAGUUUGGCUUUGAUAUAGUACCGAGUACAUGCUGUGUGCAGUUGGCUGGUGCAACACCAAAGAAUCCGGUUGCCAGGAGUUUGGCACGUUGUCAACAUUUUCAAGCUAGUAAAUUAUGGAGACAUCAGACGCAACAGUGUUGCGGUGCUACCGGUCCCCACAAUUAUUAUGAUUCUUUCUGGUACAAAACCAAUACAGAGCGUGGUACCAUAUCAUUUGUACCGCAAUCGUGCUGCAAACAAAUGCGGGAGGCACGAACCUGGUUCAUAAAACCAGUUGAUCCAAUGUGUACAUCAUAUAACUACUAUACUUCUGCUUUCAAUAGUUCUGUCAAUGCGCAGGGUUGUCAUGAAAAGCUGUUAGACUGGCUCACUGCCCAGACGAUCAUAUUUGUCUUGGUUGGUUUAUCAUUCGCAAUAUUUAAGUUGAUUGGAGUUUGCAUUGCUUUAUCGUUGUUGCAGCGUGCGCAUAACUUAAACUACUACAAUACAGUGUGA